ACAAUGAAACGUCAAACUUCGCCAAUUGUGUGUGUUUUUUUUUGUUGUUGAUUCAAUGGAAGAGAAACUUUUCGCAUAGCACGAAAACAUUACCAUUCCUACUGAUUUUUAUCGCAUCCGCUUUUUGUGUAGUCCAAUUUCUAAUGAAAAGAAGAAGAAAAAGUCGGUGAAUUUCUGUCAGGGCUAAACAGUAUUCAAAUAUAAAUCAUAAAACUCAGCAGCAAACUCUGUGAUAAUCAUCAAAAUCGAAUGAAUCGACAUAACUAAAUUCAUAAUUAUUAAGAAGGAAAAAAAAAACAACUGUGACGCAAGUUAUUCUCCAUAAUCUGGUUAGCAAAAUUGUAAACUAGUUUAGCUAAAACAAGAGCAAAAAAUGUUGAAUCCAUUUGGUGAUGCAGCCGACGACGACAAAGAUGAAGUGAUGGAAGGUUUUUUGUGUCCAAUAUGCAAAGUAGACUUCAAAUCACCCGACCGAUUGACCGCCCAUUUUGAUACACACUCCGAAGACGAUCAAGACUUACUGAAAGCCUUUAAAGACAUUUUUAUAUCGGCCAAAAAUAAAAUCAAACGCUUCGACGACGGAAUCGCACCAAACAAUCAAAAUGCCAGCACAUCUCAACCGAGUAAAUUAAAUAUUCCGGCACCGGUUUAUCCACAGGAUGUUGGCGUUGACUGCAGCCAUUUAUCAUACUUUCGUGCAAUCCGUACACCGCGUCUCGAGCGGUACGCGACUGAAACAAAUAAACUCAUUAUUCGCCUUCACAAGCUAUUGACUGAUUUACCACAUGAUCCAUCGCAACGGAGACAACAUGAGAAAAAUAUUGUUCCAUGGCUGGACGGUGAAGUGGUGAAACAUUGCCCAAAUUGCGUGAAGCGUUUCUAUUUGACCAGACGGCAGCAUCAUUGUCGAUUGUGUGGAUCGAUUAUGUGUCACGAUUGUUCAUUGUUUCUAGAUCUGGGUGAUGCUGCUGCAAUAGUGAAUCCAUCAUUUUCACCAACGACCGCCGCAGCGCCAACUGAAAGUAAAAAAACCGACGAACCAUUCCGAAUAUGUGAACAUUGUCUGCGGCUGCUGAACAAUCGCAAAGAGAUGCAAGAGAGCCGAACAUACCGGCCACCGGUCACUUUAUAUUACGACAAAAUCGAUCAACUAAAACGUGAUAUCGCACCCGAUACAAAAAUGUAUGAAAAGAUUAUCGAUCGUCUUUACGAAGGCGAUGCCAUUUAUACACUGAACGAUGCAGGUGCCUUACGAGCGAAAAUCGGCAAAACUGCCGAACUCAUCGAUGCGUACAGCAAAUCGAUUUUGAGUUUGCAAUGCCCAGCUGGAAGUAGAGAAGAGGCAUUGAAGAAAGCCAUUCGUCUAGCGUGUAUCAAAUUUAUUAAAGAGGAUUUGUUGACGUUGAGUCCGAUGCCGCUAGAAGAAGAAAUAAAACAACUGCAAGACAAGCGACGAAUGGAGACGGAAAUGAAGAUUGAACGAGAGCGCCGACUUGCGAUGGAAGCCAUCGAACGAAAUGAAUUGGUUGGCGUACCAAUGCCAGUGUCGAGGUCACAAAUUGAUAAAGUUGCUAUGGGAAUGGCCGUCAAAUCAAUCGACAAUUGGAGCGGUUUGCAAUCACUUGACACAAGUGGCUCAUCCAUAAAUGAUCCGCUAGUGGAACAAAUCAAUAUCAUCAAAGGCUAUGUGAAACAAGCACGUGAGGCAAUGCGUUUUGAAGAGGUCGAAAUAUUGGAAUUAAAUUUACGUGAGCUUCAAGAAGAAUUUUACAAUCGUCAACGAGCAAAAGAACAACAGAAUCAGUCUUAUUCAGAUGAUCAAACAAAAUGAAAUAAAAACUCACAACAAAUUUACAAUGUUAAACAUCAAUCACACCUUUACUCCAAAGUUUAUUGUACGCAAAACGCCUCUUUUUCCACAUUAUUUGUAAUUGUUUACAAAGAUUUCUUUGAAUUACUUUGAAAUUUGAAUAAAUGUCAAUGGCAUUUAAUAUGUAGAUUGUACAA